AUGCAUAGACGGAAAAUACUAAUGACUAUCGAUGAUUUAAAACUGGUACAAAUAAAAAGACAGUCUAUAAAUCCUUCUCACAAAGAAGGAACAGCGACAGCAGCAUUCUAUGGUCAAUUUGAGGGUGAUUUCAGUUUGCCACUGCCUGUUGAUCAGUUAAAAGAACAUAAAUAUGAAAACGUGUCAUCAUGUACAUUGCUGCUUGAUAAUCCACAACACGCUGAUUUAUAUUCUCGUAUUCAACAAUGGAUUGGUGAAUUGCCAAACGAUUGUGAUAUAGACAGAAUUGAACUAAUAAGUAAUUCAGGUCGUUAUCGAUUUUUUUUAGAACAAUUACAAACUGUUGAAGCACGACAAGAUCAGCCGGCAUUCCAGCCAAGGUUAUGCUAUGAAAGUAAUGAAGAAGAAAGAAAGAAAGUGCUGGAAAAACUUAUGAAUUUAUGUAAACAAGUAGGACAUAAUCGAAAAGCAAACAUUGUACGUAUGUGGCAUGGUUGUUCGAAAGAAAAAUUGUCAUAUUUAUUAAAUAAUGGAUUUGCUACAAUUGGGACACUCGAUGAUGGUUGGUAUGGUAAAGCAAUGUAUUUCACGUCAUCAGCAAAAUAUGCAACUCGUUAUAGUUAUAAAGACGGUUGUCUGAUACUAUGCUAUAUACUGGUUCUAAAUCCAUUUCCAGUUAUAGCAAGUGAUGCUCCACCUAAUGUUGCGCCUGAAUGUUUUCGUUUUUAUGGAAAAGGAAAUCACCGAAAUUAUCAAUGUCAUUACAUUCCGGUCUCACCUGUCAACGUUAGUGAUGAACAAACCACAAUGGAUUAUCGUCCGCCUAUAACUGGAACUGAGAAUGCAAUUUUUGAUGAAAUAGCCGUUUUUCAAGAGGCUAAUAUUCUACCACAAAUUGUCGUGCAUUUAAAAUCUGAUUAUAUAACAGUACUUCAGAACGAGUCAUAA